UAUUUUCUUAAGAACUAUGGCAUUUCUUACGAACUUCUUACAUUUAUGACUUAAGAACUUCUUAAGGAACGUUCUUGUUGGGGGAAAAAACUUUCGCGAGACUAACGUCAAUAACGACAAUUGUUAAAGAUGGAGGCGAAGAGGUCAAGGAAUUUUUCGAAACAGGAAUUGGAGGUGCUAGUGGAAGAAGUUUCCAUGAGAAAAAAAUUAUUAUUGGGUAAAUUUGACAACAUGAACGGGGUGACAGCCGAAAACAAAAAGAGGGGAUGGGCGAGGGUUGCCCAAUCUGUCUCAUCAGUGGGAGGUCUAAAUCGAGACGCCGAAGCGGUGAAAAAAAAGUGGGCCGAUAUUAAGUCUCUCGCUAAGAAAAAAGGAGCCGAAAGGGCCAGGGAGCAAAGGAAGACGGGUGGUGGGGUGUGUGACAUCCACCUUGACCCUCUGGAUGACAAGAUAAUUGCUAUUAUUGGCGAGAAAUCCGUGACGGGAGAGGUGGGAGGCUUGGAUACGGGAGCGACGACAGACGAAGAUUCUGUUUUAAUAACUCUUUACGAGGCACCGUUGGAGCCCAUCCAGACCUUCACGGCGCAAGUCCCGGAGGAAAUAGAAAGCCCUGAUGAUGCCUUGUCCCUGUCCAGCACCCAACUGCCAGACAUCACACCAGCAAAUAGGCCUAGGCCUAACACGACACAAGAGAUGCUGUCCCUUCAGGUUCAAAUACUCAAUGAACUGUCUGCUUUACGCAGAGUUCAGGAGCAGCUAUUGGAGGUGGAGAAGGAGAAACUAGAAAUCGCCAAGGCAAAAUUUGAACUUAAAAAAAGAGAAUGUUAAAAUAAAAAUAUCAAUGAUGCACAUAUGGAUUGUAUAAUGGAUUUAUUGUAAAUGCAGGUUUACUGAUGUAAUUUACAGAGAUUUA